UCAUUAAAAUCAAUUGUUUGAUCGACCUCUUUUGGACCAUCAUUGUUUUACUCUCGUCCUCAAUUUCGGACCCUUAACACCCUAUAAGAAAACCUGCUUUUGCACUGAAAAUAUAUAAAGUAUAUACUGGAUUUUGGCAAUACUGAAAAUUUGACAGUGCAGGACGAUCGUUACUGGUGGGUUUUACGAAUACGGAUAGCUGUGGGAAUUUGUUUUCACCUAUCUGUCACACAAAGGGUGAAGGUAUAUAAGUCACUUACAACAUAUUAGUCUACUCACUCACAGGCAUGGCUGCUCAUCUCAUCAUUCUUCUUCUCUUCAGUGUGCUCAAAGGAGUUCACAGCAUAACUACAGUCAGUGAAGUAUCAGUGAAAGCUGGAAAAUCUAUCUCCAUCCCAUGUCUCUAUGAAUCCCAAUACAAAAACCAUGUGAAGUACUUGUGUGAAGGAUAUGAUUGGACGUUCUGCAAAUAUGCAGUGAAAACAAACGAAGCAGACCCUUCAGGAAAAUAUUUAAUCUCUGAUGACAAAAAACUGAAAAUUUUCACUGUGACUAUAAAUCAGCUGACAAAUGAAAACACUAAUUACUGGUGUGUGGUGGAGAUUAAUAAGGGAGAGGAUUAUAAACAGUAUUUUCAGCUGUCAGUUACCAGAGGUACCCCCAGUCUCUAUGUGGAUCAUCAGAGGAUUACAGGAUAUAUUGGAGAAAGCAUAACCAUCAGAUGUCACCACAGUAACUCUGGAGAAAUGAAGUGGUGCAGGCUGGGCAGGAACUGUGUGACAGGAUCAUCUGGAUCCAUAGAUGGCGCAGCAGUGACCACUCAUAUGAGAGACCCAAAUGUUUUCACAGUGACCAUGAGUGGACUAAAGUCAGAGAACAGUGGCUGGUAUUGGUGCGCUAAAGCAGACAUUCAGAUACCAGUAUAUUUAAAUGUUACUGUGAAACCGAUCACUACCACUCUCCCUACUAGUACUACUACUGCUAGUACUGCUAUUUCUACUACUAUUCAUACUGUUGCUGAAAAGGGAACAAUGGAACAUGGGAAAAAUUCUACACUAGGAGAAAAUAAACAACACAGAGCUUCAUUUGACCCAAGGAUCCUCAUCAUCCCUGUGAGUGUGUUGAUCUGGAUUGUAAUUGUGGUGUUGUUCAUCUGGUUUAUACUGAGACACAAGCAGAGGAAAGCAGACUCAUUAGUCACGCCAAUGGCUGAAGAGGAAAUAAUAUACUCUGAUGUUAGACCCAAGAAAAGAAGUUUAGCCAAGGUGGACAAGGAAGUAACAUACUCUGAAGUUAGACUCUACGAAAAAGGGAAGAGGUCAUUUGCUGAAAGUGAAACGAAAAUCUUGUACAGUUCUGUUGUUACGAAACAACGCAUGAAAAGGGUAAAUAUUACAAGACCUGAACCCAACCACACACUGUAUCUCACCUCCUUUAUUUCCUUCAUUUUAAAUCAUUCUGUUUGUUAUCCCAGUGUCAUGCUUUCCUUUUAAUUCGAUCACAUUUUUCUUUGCUUUUUCUUUCCCAACAAAUGUUCAUAAGAUUUGUUUCUG